AGUCACCCCCAGAAACGCCUCAGGUCAUCUCUAAGGGUACCUGAUCAACAACAAGGUAUCGAUAGAAACAAGAAACACACGCGACCUGUCACACCUGUCUGCGUCGCACGUAACUGUAGCGUCAUUUCCCUUCACAUAAAGUUGCACCUGCCUUCGCCGUUUGUCAACAAUAACAACGCUAGUCCACGCCGCACUCACUUUACAUACCACACAACAACUCCACUUCACUAACGCUUUCUCUCAACCUACAUUCAAUUUCCACCCAAACCUCCAAAUUAACCUCUCACUACCAAGAUGUCUUCAAUCAUCAAGUCUCUGUCCGAUCUCUUCACCUCCUUCGUAGAGCUCGUCUGGUCCUUCUUUACCACCGCCGGCGACCUUGCUCAAAAGACCGCCUCUUUCGCCCUCAAGUUCUUCUCUGAGAUCAUCGACCUGCUCGUCAACUUCUUCGAAGGCCUGGUCGGCCUGGCUGGCGGCAUUGUGGGCUUUGUUCUGGGCAACGUUCUCAUACUCGGUGUUGUUGCGGCGGUCGUCUUUGGCUUCUUGCAGUACCAGCGCAACCAGGGCAACACUGUCAAGGUCGGCAACAAGAAGCUCAACUAGCUGCAACAUGGGUGAUCAGCACGACGUCAUGAAGGGAUGCGCGCGACACGGAUUUCCUUUCUCACACUUGGCUAAAUUUCCUUUCAACGAGUACAAUGCGAACGUUGGUACCAAACACCAGCCAGGAGGCACUCAACAGGUCAUCCAGCAUCACCCAGAUCUAAGUACCAUACCCUUUAUUUUGGCUUUUUAUGCGCUGUCAGCGUGUUGCAGCUACUGAAAUUGCGAUAAUCGUGAGACUUAAUCCUUAAAUC